AUGCAGAAUGGGAGGUAUCUGUCACCGUUCAAAAUACCAGCGAAGUACGGACCACAAUGCUUGUCUGACAUGGAGGUCAUUCGACCCUUCCCUCUAGAUCCAUGGCAACGGUCUCUCAGGGAGUUGAUCAUCACCGUUGGAUCUGAUAUGAACGAGCUGCAUGAGGCUGGCCAUGCCCGUCUCUGGUUGUUCACCAGUGUCAGCGUCCGCAAUGGUUUGGUCGGAGUGGGGCUGAUUGUUCGUGUUAACCAAGUCGACAUCGCCUCGUCAUACCGGACGGUCGGAAACGAUGACUCGCUCAACGCUCAUUACGCACAGCUGGGGAUGGUGCUGGAGGCUGUCUCAUAUGUCAUGACAAUUCUCCCUCGUAUUCAGAUGUCACCGUACAAAAUCCAGGUUAUGAUCGUCGUGAGCAACCCUGCUGUCUUGCUUUCGCUUGCGAAGCCGCACCUUCAAGGCGGACAGGCUCUUAUCACUAGGAUCACCAACACAAUCGGCCAGCUGUUGGAGAUGGGAACUAAGGUCAGCCUGCAGCCACCAAUUGAUGAAGACCGCGAGAAUACUACACGAACACAUACCCUCGCACGCGAAGCAACAGAAGAGAACUGCUAA